UGCUUCAGCUAAUAUAUGCAAAAUCAAAACGAAGAUUCAUUUGUUGUUAUCCGCAAAAAAAAGAGUAUCUGAUCCAUGCCAACAGCAACAAGUACUCGAAUAUCUGCACCGAGAAAGAGAGCGAAAGACGUCAAAGAUCAAAGAACUUUUUAACGACUUGACACAGGAGGAAGUAGAUGUAAUGCUGAUGGAUUGUGCGUGUAGCGAGGACGAAGUGAUUAAGCGACUGCAGAAUCGACCUGAUUAUCUUGAAGGGAUCCGUCGCAUUGUAUCAGCAGUUUUGCGACCUUCAAACAGUGUAACACCAAUGUUAGAAAGCAGGCAUUCAUCAAUAAUAGAUAGCAGACGCUCAUCUAUGCCAGCAACACCAUCUACUACGCAAGACCAACAGAAGGUGAUUGGGAAGCAGCCUGCUGUACAGCAGCAACAGCAGGCAGCUAUAGCGAAACAGAAGUUGAAAUCACCACAACAGCGCAUCAAACCUUCCCCGGCACAGCAAAACCAUCAGGAAGCUGCUACAAAGAGUGUAUCUCUUAUUGCUAGUAGCGGCCCUCAUCUCACUACACGUCCGCUCCCUUCUGAGAAUACGACCGCGUUUUUCAAGCGUGACUCCAAAAAGCGUUCCCGCAUGAUUGGGAGGCUAGCGCUGGAUGAUGCAUUGCGGCAAAUCAAAGAGAGUCCAAAUAAGGCCUUUGAAGGCUGGUCCCAAGCGAGAAUCAGAGCAUUUCGAAUGAUCGAACAAAAUCCCAACAGCUACUACUAUCGAUUCAAUGCGCCAGGCGAAGAGCAAAGGAAAGGUCCUUGGACAGAGGAAGAAAAGCAGCUGUUCUUUAAGAGGUUAGAAGAAGUAGGUCCCAAUGGUCAAUGGGGGAUCUUCUCAACAGCUAUUCCUGGUCGUGUAGGUUAUCAGUGCUCCAAUUACUAUCGACUACUGAUUGAGUCUGGCCAACUGCAAGAUCCAAAUUAUAUUGUUGAUGAUAAGGGAAAGGCCCACUAUCUUUUUGAUAAGCGUGGAUCAGAUGGUCGCGUGGAGAAAGCAUUUCGGACACAUAGCCCGCAUGUAUUCGACAGCUGCAAGAAAGCCGGCUCUCGUGAGUCGGCAAACAAGAAGAAAAAGGCAAACGACGAAGAUGAUGGCGACAAGUCUGGCACGUUCAGGAUGAAUCUACGGUCUUCAGCAAGGCUUGCUGCAAAAGUACACACUCGUAGCAAAACUGUUCCGUAGUGUUUUUUUUUUAAUCUCGCAGGUCCCUGCAUACUUUUGUAAUAUGUCUGGCAAUAGUCAAUAUACUGCCUCUUUAUGUUUGUUGCUUUUUGUACAUUUUGUGUUCGCUAUCCUCUGACUAAAGUAUAUACGCAGGGUAUGA